AUGACUGAUCUUCUAGAGAAAACAACAGUAGAUCUUCUAAGUGCACUGUUGAACUCAGGUGAAACAACAGAAGAAUUCAGGCUCACACUUCUUGAUUCGUUGUUUGUUGAUGCACAGUGUUUCAUCUCAAACCAUGUUAGUAAGAAACAGAUCCAUGAUUCUCAGGCAAAAACAACAUUGGUGGAUAUCUUGUCUUUAUCUGUUGAAUCUGCGACAAGUGCAAGAGUCUUGCUCCUGGCCCGAGUUGUAUUGUUUCAGUCUGUCAUGAGGUAUUCUUCUGAGCUUGAAGAAGAUGCAAAGUUAGCAGUCACCACAAAGCUGCAAUGGCUUCUCGACGUAUUAAUAGACGCAGAGGUUUACUCUUCAGUCCUUUCCUCUCAGCUUCCAGUGGCAGAUGGUUCUGGGAAGACAAUAAUCUGGGAAUCGAUGUUUUCAGUUCUGAUUCUAUCUCUCAAGACCCUUAUGAUUAAUCUGUCGUCAUCUCCUGCCUGGGAAGAGCUUGAAACAUUCUUACUCCAGAAUCUCUUGCAUCCGCAUUUCUUAUGUUGGCAGAUAAUUAUGGAACUUUGGUGCUUCUGGGUGCGUCAUGCCACUGAAGAUUUGGUGGCUGAUAUGAUUGACAAACUUUGUACAUUCAUCAUGUCAAUGUCAUCAUCAGAAACGCCGCUUUGUCCUGAUUCUGUUCUCAGAAGAACUACGAAGUCCAUCUGCUUUCUUCUUACUCACAGCCACAAAUCUUUAACAGCUCGAGUCUACAAAAACAUUUCCACAGAGAGCAGAUCUGAAUCUGCACCAGAUGCAUAUCUAGCCUUGCUGUUAGAGGGCUUUCCACUGAAUUUUCUUACAGACAGAAUCAAAAACGACGCAAAGAAACAGAUCGUUGCAGAUUUCUUCCACUUCAUUGAGAAUUUCAAUGAGAAACCAUCAAAUUCAUCCAGAUACACUGUGUUAGGAGCUCCUGUUUUUGCACUCUCUGCUUGCCUUCGGAUACUAGACAUGAGCAUAUCAGAGAUUGACUCCAAAACUCUGAAGUUUGUCGUCGAUCUCAUUCACAAGUACAAGAACUCCAAAGAUGAAGCGACAAGGGAUCGUUACAGAGAGAUUCUCAGCGAAACACUGUCAAUCAUCUCAAGAAGCGAGCAGCUAUACACUUGCCAAGAGAUGGAUAGUGUCAUAACAGAGCUUCAAAAGCUAUUCAUUUCAGAAACUGGUCAUCGUCAUCAUCAUCUCCAUAAAUCGAAGCCAAACCUCGCUCUCUUCUUGUCAGGACUUAUCAAAUACGAGAUGUCUGAAACCGAGACCUGUCCAAAGAGCCGCGCGGUCUGGGAACUAUACCAUUUGCUUCUCAGGGAACGCCACUGGGCUUUGGUACACCACGCGGUUACUGCGUUUGGGUAUUUCUGUGCACGUACGAGCUGUUCUCAGCUGUGGAGAUUCGUACCUGAAGAUGCGGCUCUGGCCUUCGAUAGAGCUUCAGGAAAAGAAGCGAAAACAGAGCGGUUCAUGUCGGAACUAAAGAUGUUCUUGGAGAAAGAAGGAGCGCUUCUCUCGCUUACACCUUCACAAGAGGAACUCGAGUUACUUGCGGAAGAAGGCACGGAGGUUAAUGCAACAGUGCAGAAGUUUCUAGAAGGAAGAAACCAGCAGAGAUCGAUGGAAGCAGAGAAACGACCGAACAAGAGAAGGAAACUUCCAGAAGGUAUUUGCAGAGGAGUGGAGCUGUUGCAGAACGGAAUGAAGAGGAUCAACGAGGGUUUAAGCGAGUUGAGAUCAGAUGAAAACGAGAGUGAAGAUUUUCAGAAGAGUCUACAGAAUCAGUUUUCGUGUCUUGAAGAUUUGGUGUCUCAUUUGGUAAGCCUCGCUGCUUCGGACUAA